AUGAAGCGAGUUCAAUCUUCAAACAAGCCCCCGAGCUCAAUUAAAUCAACAACUGUCCCCUUCACAUCCGAAGCUGAAGGCCAAGAACGGCAGCUUGUACAGCCUGCUCUUCCUCCAUUUGAGUCGGAAGUCAUAACAACUGAAGCACCGGGAAUGGGCGCUGAUCCCUGGACUACUGAUUUCGGCAGCGACACAUAUUGGGCCUUCAUGCCAUUUCUAUCGCAGCUUGAAACAUUGCCAGGCGUAGCUGAUAUCGAUAUCGAUAUCGAUGACCUGGAGUAG